AUGGUAUGUCUUGUAGUCGAAUUGGUGAACCCUCUACUACAACUGCCACCAUCUCCCUUACAACGUCAUUUCUAAAAUUCACAUGCUAGCAUAGGAUACUAACCUUCAUUAUCUAGUCAAGAUCAGGGUAUGUCCAAUGACUCCACUCGCUUCAAAAAAAAAAAAUGCCACAAGCAUACUAACAUGUCCCAUCCAGUGUCCAAGUUGCAGAUGAAUCGUUAAAAGCAUUCAAUGAAUUGAAGUUGGGCAAAAAGUACAAGUUCAUCAUCUACACUUUAAACGACGCCAAAACCGAGAUUGUGGUUGACGAGACGUCCACAGAUCCAGAGUACGACUCGUUCUUGGAAAAGUUGCCUGAAAACGAAUGCAAAUACGCUGUUUACGAUUUUGAGUACGAGAUUGGCGGCGGCGAAGGAAAGAGAUCCAAGAUUGUGUUUUUCACUUGGUCGCCAGAUACCGCACCAGUGAGAGCCAAGAUGGUUUACGCAUCGUCAAAGGACUCCUUGAGAAGAGCCUUGAACGGUGUUGCUGCCGAUGUCCAGGGUACUGAUUUCUCAGAAGUUGCAUACGAAUCGGUCUUGGAAAGAGUCAGUAGAGGUGCUGGGUCCCAUUAA